GCCUGGUCCCCCAGCAGUCCUGCUCGCGCUCACUCAUCCAGCAGAGACCGUCGGAGGAGGAUUUAACGCAGAUUUUAGCCCAGAAAAAGUGAAGAUUUCUGCUCAGAAACUUCGAAACUCUGUCGGAGAAGCGAUGAGUUUGAUUUAGUCACGUUCACAGACGGGGAAGGGAAGUUUGUCGUGCUGUUUUUACCUGUUUAAGCUGAAAAAAAGAGGCGGAACGGCGUCGGACAGGUCUGUGCUGACUCACCUGGAUCGACCAAUCACGUGUCUCCUCUGUGACCUCACCAGCUGAUACUGGGUUAUCGAUCGGCUGAUACUUGGUUAUCGAUCGGCUGAUAUUGGGUUAUUGAUCAAUUUUACCGAUUGAUCGAUGGCAGCCUCAGAACUGAUCCAGGACGAUGAGGACGUUCGGAUCCACAUGGACGCUAACGUGACCACGGGCGACCCCCCUCCAUGCUCCGUCGCCAAUGGUAACCCAACCCGUCACGCCCGCUCUUCCUCCUUGCCGCCCCCUGAUGACGAUGUGGACGGCCGGGCUGCAGGCGAUAAACUGAGCAGCCUGCUGAAGCAGAACCAGCUGGUCCGGACCCUCAGCAGCGGUCUGCGGCGGCGCUGCGACUACGUCAAGAUCUCGGUGACGGAGGAACACGCCGACCGUCUGCCCAAGGAGUGGUGGAAGACCGGCGUGGCCUUUCUCUACGCCACCUUCAACCUCGUCUUCACCACCGUCAUCAUCACCGUCGUCCACGAGAGGGUCCCCGACAAGUCGGUCAGUCCUCCGCUGCCCGACAAGUUCUUCGACUACGUGGACCGAGUGCCGUGGGCGUUCACUGUCACCGAGGUCAACGGGCUCAUCCUCUGUGGACUCUGGUUGGUGCAGUGGAUCUUCCUCAGACACCGAGCCAUCAUCGGCCGUCGCUGCUUCUUCCUCAUCGGGACUCUCUACAUGUAUCGCUGCGUCACCAUGUACAUCACCACGCUGCCCGUUCCUGGGAAACACAUGGUCUGCGCUCCAAAGCUCUACAACGACUCGACGGGGAAGAUCUGGAGGAUUCUGAGGCUGAUCUCUGGAGGAGGUUUGUCUCUGACUGGCUCCCACCUGAUGUGUGGAGACUUCCUGUACAGUGGACACACCGUCAUGCUGACGCUGUCCUACCUGUUCAUCAAGGAGUGCGCUGCGUCAGGCACCCAACAACUUCCUGUCCAGGACGUGGUGGAACCCCGUCUUCAACUUCCUGGAGCGGAACGUUCAGACAACGGUUCCAGUGGUGUUCUCCUCGCCGGUGGCAUUUCCGUCCUGCGGGCAGCGCUACCGGAUCGUAGAGGGAGGGAGGGAUGAGUGAGGAGAUGGGACGGACGGUGAGUUACCAGAACCAGGAGGAACCAGGAGGAACCAGAACCAUGGUACUACGUUUACAUCUUCAGCAGCAUUCAUCAGGAACUGAACUGCCAAGGAUCAGUUUCCUCACCAGCUAAAAGCUAAACGGCUAGCUACGCCACAUAUCCAGUUAGCCUCAUGCUACAUCAGAAACCAUCUUUUUUAGCAGUAAUGCUAACGGAAUUAUGGAACUGUCUUUAGCAUCUAUGAAAGUAAACAGACGACUGGUGCUACAUAUUCAAACGUUACUUCUGACUGGUGUGUGAGCUAGCCAGCAAUCUGCAUCAGAGCUAACCUGCUAGUUACAGUAAAAGCUUGUGUUGUUGAAUGUGGUGCUGUUAGCCUGAGGCUAACUUGUUAUGCUAAACAGUUUAGAUGAUUAAUGACAACCACUGCUAGCCAAACACAUUUAAAUGUUGCUGUUUGUGUGGUAACCAAGUUAGACCAAAGCUAAGCUGCUAGCAAUUCAUCUUACCAUUUAGCCACAUGCUAACUCUUCAUCAGAAACAAUCUUCUUUAUCAGUAAAUUCAACUAAAGUAUAAAAAUGUAUUUGUCAUGUAUGAAAAGUAAACAAAAAACAGUGCUAAAUGUUUUAUUUGCUAAAUUUCAACUUCCAGUGUCUGGGGAUGAAACUUUCCUGAUGCUAAUUAGCUAAUUAGCCUGAUGCUAGGUAGCUAGUUAGCCUGAUGCUUCUCUAUCUCCAGCAGCCAGCAGGAGGCGACACUGAAAAAAUCUUCUUGAUCAGUAAUGUCAACUAAAGUAUAAAAAUACAUUUUUCAUGUACGAAAGGUAAACAAAAAAAAUGUUGCUAAAUGUUCCGUUAUUUCUAAGAUUUUCAAUCAAGGCUAACCUGAUAGCUAUGACAAAUUCCUAGUGGCUAGCUCAUUAUGCUAACUAGUUCAGUUGAUAAAUGACAACUACUGCUAGCCAAACACAUUUAGCAUACACAAAACAAAGGAAAGAAAAUUCAAACUGGACUAAAAUUUAACAUUGAUGUUUGGGUGUUAGCUGGCGAAGCUAAACCGCUAGCUACAUCACUUUACCAAAGCUAGCAUCUCUGAAAAGUAAAAGUAAAUUCUGACAAUGUUUAAAAUAGGUGAAAAUUAUUUCUGACAGUUUGUAUUUUAAGCUAGCUAGAGAUUUAAGAAAAGCGAGUCAACAAGCUAUGUCACUUUUCCAAAGCUAGCAUCCAUGAAAAGUGAACGUGUCACUGUCCAACUAAGAAAAUGGAGACUAAAUGUUACGUACGAGUUUAUGAGAGUUUGUCUUGUGUUUGAUUUGUACGCUAGCAAGAUUAAAGUGCUUAAUAUGUUACAUUCCCUCUGAAAUCUGGCGUUGUUACAUUUGGUACCGUUAGCCACAGGUGAGCUCAUUAUGCUUACAAGGUUUGAUGAUUAAUGCCAGCUAGCAGUAGCAAAACACAUUUAGCAUGCUCAGAACUAAGAAAACAAAAAAACGACUUAAUUCAAAAAGUGCUGUUUGGAUGUUAGCCAGCCAAGUUGGACCAAAGCUAAACCGCUAGCUACAUCUCAUUUCCAGUGCUAGCAUCCAUGAAUGCUAAACGUGCCACCUCCAGCAACUGAGACUAAAUGUUGGAAUGUUUAUUCUUUCUGACUGUUACUCUGUGUAAGCUAGCCAACUAGCUAGGUAGCUAACUUCCAGUGUCUAGGGAUGAAACGUUCCUGACGCUAGGUAGCUGGUUAGGCUGAUGCUAGGUGGCUAGUUAGUCUGAUGCUAGGUGGCUAACUUCGAGUAUUUGGGGAUUAAAGUGAAUUAUUUCAGUUUAGAGGAAAACAGACGAUAAAAUCAGUACGACUGCUGGUCUGUGUUGUCGUUAAUGUUGUUGUUACUGUUGUUGUUUAUGUUGUUUAUAUUGUUAUUUAUUUGUUCAAGUAUUGAAACGUUGAUGUUGUUUUUUUAUAUUAUUAAGAAGUAAAUCAGUGAAAGAAAAACUCAUCUGAAAACUUUUUCUGUUUAAAACUGUAAAAGCUUCAAUAUUAAAAAUUUAUUUGAUUGAUCAUUUAAA